AUGAUGCAGGCCUUCUACUUUGCUUUCUUUCUCCUCCUUUCCUUCCUUGGAUUUGGAUCCGCUGCGAUCUCAGACUAUCCAGACUGCUCCGGAGAUGAUAUCGACUGCCAAAACUACGUCGACUUCGACAACCCGCUCCCGGGCUACAUGCUAGUCCACUGCUCUGACCAGCAGGUUCCUGAGGAGUCUCGGAUCAAGACCAUGGCCAGGAUGAUGGAUUGGUGCUACUGCGGCAAUGAGCUCAACCCCAGCGGCCUCGACAAGAACAAGCACGAGCCAUGUGACGCUGUUGAAGACUGGUACAACGCCCUUGGAAACAUCACCAGGGAGUGUGGACUGGGCAAGACGGGAUACUUCUACGAUGCUGACCGGCAGAUAGCCUGGGGCUUCCAGACCUAUCAGGACAAGCAAUUCUGUGACAACGUGGGAUGGGUGAGCUCGACCUGA